CGUCGCGUCAGCGCUUGACGUCAGCAUAACAACAACCUGUCAUGACAGCUCGUUUGGGGGAGAAAAAAAUAAUCGCUUAAGAUUUGACAUCAAAGUAUUUUUAAAUAAUCUAUUUCACCCGCAUGUAAGAACUCCUCUCUAAGUGGUGUAGUGACACCGUGGAAAGCCUGGCUCUGUCGGGAGGCAGCGGGGAGAUGUUUGGCGAUGGCUUGCUAGCUAGCUGUGCUGUUCACGGAGUCGCCGCCGAUGUCCGUCACGUGAAUAGUUGAUUGGUCGAGCCACCUCGCUGUGUUUCCCCGUGGCGAGCACAGUCAGCGGGUUACACGUCGGCCCGUUUGGAGCGGCACCGAGAUCUGCGCCGAAUUCGCCCGGGACGCGCACUGCAGGUGCAUUGCAGCAAACGCACGCUUCUGCGUGUUCUAACUUCCCAUGGGCUGUGUCUCCGGUCUAGCGUGUGAGAUCCAGGCGGGACGGGGCAUUCUCGAGCCUGUCAGGUAGCCAGCCGAAGAGACGGGGAACAGGAUAGGGAAGCAGGGCGAGGCGGGCCCCGCGGAGCCGGCGGAGAAAAUGGCCGGCAGCCCGGAGAAGAGUUCCACCGCGCAGGAGCUGAAGGAGCAGGGGAACCGGCUGUUCCUCUGCCGCAAGUACCAAGAGGCUGCUACGUGCUACAGCAAAGCUAUUAACCGUAAUCCAUCUGUGGCGGUGUACUACACCAACCGGGCUCUCUGCCACGUGAAGCUGCAGCAGCAUGACAAGGCUCUGGCCGAUUGUAAGCAUGCACUGGAGCUGGACAGCCAGUCGGUCAAGGCCCACUUCUUCUUGGGCCAGUGUCACUUGGAGCUGGAGAACUAUGAUGAGGCCAUCGGUAACCUGCAGAAAGCAUAUAACCUGGCAAAAGAGCAGAGGCUGAAUUUUGGCGAUGACAUCCCCAGUGCCUUGCGCAUUGCCAAGAAGAAACGCUGGAAUAGCAUUGAGGAUAAGCGCAUCAACCAGGAGAACGAGUUGCAUGCUUAUUUGACCAAACUCAUACUGGCUGAGAAGGAAAGAGAACUUGAAGAAUACAAAGAAAAACAGGAUGACAAUCAAAAUGGAGGCGAUAAUGCCAAGAUUGCAUCAAAACAUGACAAGUAUCUAAUGGACAUGGAUGAGCUCUUCUCUCAAGUGGAUGAGAAAAGAAAAAAGCGGGAGAUUCCAGAUUACCUGUGCGGGAAGAUCAGUUUUGAGCUGAUGAGGGAGCCGUGCAUCACACCCAGUGGAAUCACCUAUGACCGCAAGGACAUUGAAGAGCACCUACAGCGAGUGGGUCAUUUUGACCCAGUCACCAGGAGCCCCCUGACCCAGGACCAGCUGAUCCCCAACCUGGCCAUGAAGGAAGUCAUCGAUGCCUUUAUCCAGGAGAACGGCUGGGUGGAGGACUACUGAAGGGACGUCCCGCCUCCUAUUUCUCCACGAUGCCCCCAAUCUCAGCACAAGCCCUGGACAACACAAGACUUUAGAGAACAGAUCCUCCCCUUGCCUGGACAUGUACUUUACACAAGCAGGAGAAGCCACACUAUGGACUACCACACAGGAGCCACGUCUCUUGGUCUGCUUCCCCACCCUGCAUCUUAUCUUUGCUGUAAAACAUCCUGCUCUGACUUUCUGAGGCUCGCUGGUCAUGGCCUGCUGCUCCCUUUAAACCCCACCCCCACCCCUUUUCUUUUUGAUUUACUUUCUAUACUUUUUCUCCCCCUCCCUGUCAUGCUGUCUCUAGUAUUCCAAGCCUAACUCAUUUCUUUACAAACUCCGUCUCCCUCCCGCUCUUUUUCUGAAUGCCACAAUCCUCGGAAAGUAUCAGCACUGCACACCAGUGUUUCACAGAUACCACCAAUAUAGAACAAAAUACACUUUGGUGGUAGAAUUUAUUCAAAAACAUUGGCCUUUUUAUGUCGCAUUUACUCCAGUAUUUCAUAGUUUUUCUUUUUCUUUUAAGAAUGGAGCAUUUGCCGACUUCUUAAUGUACAUUUGUUGAAGUGGUAACUAACAUGCCAAAACACUAUUCUCAAUUAGGGGGGAACUAGUUUGUAUGAACCUUUUACAUGAUGAUUAUUGAACAGUAGUCUACGGUAAGUGUGUCAUUUUAACCUGUUGUGAGACAACUGGAAUGAAUGUGGCACAAAUCCAUGUCACUGAAGUGUAAGACUUUUGAGUACAUGUUUUACUUUUCUUUGCAUAUCAAUCACACCCCGUUACAGACAAUUCAAAUAAGUUGAGUGUAAGAGACUCUUAAGGUUCGACCUACAGUAAUUCAAAAUGUUUUUGUACCAGGUUUUCAUGAAGAGCAGCCUUGAAAUAGAUAGAAGAAAAAAAAUAAUUAUAAUGGAAAUGACUGCUGCACACAAAGUUUUAAAACAUUGCUGGAUAUUAAUUGAAAAUGUUGAACUGUCUGAAUUUUGGUAGAUGGCGUCAGCUGUUCGGGUCGAUGCUGAGAUUUGAAGAAUGCUCUGUGCUGUCUGUGUCGUACGUGGAAACCAAAAUGUGCUCGGACGUUUGUGUUUGGCUCGUGCUGUCUGCCUGGAAUGUCUGUGUGGUCGCUUACAUCAAGCAUGAAGUGAAUUUUGUUUUUCCCGUGCAAAAAUACAAAGAGGAUGGUUGUCACUUCCUUCACCUUUUUUUGCUGUUAAUCUUGCGCACCUUCUCCCCCCAGUGUCACAGUCACCGAGAAAAUGGUUGCAUCCGCUUAUGUAAACCAGUCAUCAGUGUGAAACUAACUUCUCUGAAAACCCCUUUACGAGGAUUAGAGGAUCACUUGUAUUGCUGUACCAACCUCCUCUGUGUUAGACAUGCUGGAAGAGUUACGACCAUCUUAUCUCAUCCAUACCUCAGUCCCAACUUUUGAAAAUGCUGGUUCACCGGCAUUGUCUGAAAAACGGCUCCAUCCUAUUAGUUUACAGGUUUUUUCUGCCGGAUGUGUGUCUGUGGCGAGUUCGGCCUGUCGGUGGUUUGUUUUUUGAGUGCAGGUAGUGUAAAUAAUUUGCUUGUGUAUCUCAGAUUUUAUUUCUUUACAAUAUAAGGUUCUUUUUUUCCGUUUUUUUUCUUGAGAAAUCUUAGAGCUUGAGAAACUGUAUUAAAUGUAGAUAUGUUGAUAACAUAAAUGCCUGGUUCAGUUUUCAUUUGUCCCAAUUAAACCAUGAACUUUGA